UCAGUGACUUAGUAUCACCUAGAACCAUGUAAAUAAAUAUUUACAGUUUUUACAAAUAUUCGUAUUGGAUUUAGGUACAUCCUGUGUGUCAAAGGACAGAUCCUGUACUGAAGACUACCAGUCGCUUCCAGAAACUGAAGAAAUGGCUGUUUUACCUGAAAAAUGGACUCCGGAUGGCAGUUUGGAAGUGGAGGCAGUCUGUCCAAUUUGCCUGGACUUUUACUCUAAUCCUGUCUCUCUCUCCUGUGCCCAUGUUUUCUGCUUUGACUGCACUAAGAAUUGGAUGGCACAAGGAGCAGAAGAUUCGAUACUGCGCUGUCCCUUGUGUAGAGAAGAAAAUAAGGGACCGAUCAUAUAUGAAUGGAUGAUUCGAGAACUCAUCACUCUUGUCAAGCAGCAUGGCCCCCUCCUGAAGCAACACAUGGGGCAAAUCCCUGGACCCCUGGGGUUUUGCUCAGAGGAUACAGCUCUAGAAACUGAGGCUGGUGACUCCUCCUUGGUACCCUCUAAUGGUUUAAGUGAUGUCUGUUGUGGGGAGCCUGGUCAUAAUUUGGAAGAUCCCCGAAGAUUCACCCCCUUGGCUGGUGUCUUGGACAGCUCUAACAUCUCCCUGGUCUGCCCGGAAGUUGAUGUGGGGAAAAGGAAAGAGUGGACUUCAGAUGUUUGCAAGGAGCCAGUCAGCAGGAGGAACCUGGCUAUAACUUGGUGGAAGAUCCUGGGAGAGUCACCCAACUGGCCUGAUUCCUGGACAGCUCCCACAUCUCCUUCAUCUGGCACUUGCAAAUUGACACAGGAAAGGGAAAUGCAAAGGAUUCUCUCUGCAUCUCCUUUGUGGACCAUUCAAGCCCAUUCCUUUGUUCUGAAUAGCCAGGGGAAAGUCACAGUAGUGCCCUGUGGUGGUGAUAAAUUGUCUAUCCUAAUAAACUUGCCUGAGGAUCAGAGGACAGAGACAGCCACUAGAUUAGACAUAGAGGCCAGAGAGUGGAGGCACACACCUUUAAUCCCAUCAUUCAGGAGGCAGAGAUCCUCUGCAUCUCUGUGAGUUCAAGGUCACACUGGAAACAGAACCAGACAGUGGUGGCACAUACCUUUAAUCCCAGUACUGGGAAGCACACAUGGCUUUAAUCCCAGGAGUAAUGACAUGGCAGAGAAAGGUAUAUAAGGCGUGAGGAAACAUGAAAUAAAGUAGUUCAGCUGAGACCCUUUUGAGUGAGGACUCAGAAGCUUUCAGUCUGAGGAUUUGUGGAAUUGGU